GCAAAUGAAGGACGAGGUCGACGAGCGCUCCAAGCACCUCUGGAACACGCUGCACCUUAUUGAGCGUAACCUUAAGCUGCUCACCGAGGCGAUCGAGGCGACGACGACCUUCCGCGAGGCCCGCGACGCGCAUGCGGCCAAGCUGGCCAAGGCCUUUGACGACUGCGCCAUCACCGAGCCCUGCCACGCGGUGCAUACGGUGCUGGCGGCCAUGGGCGACGCGACGCGGACGCUGAGCACCGAGACGCACGAAGUUAUGGUCGUGCGCCCCGAGCAGACGGCGAUCGUCGAGCUCACGCAGAUCCAGGACUGGGGCGUGGUGCCCAUGAAGCGCCUCCUCGAGGACCGCGACAAGGCGAUCAAGGCCAUUGCCAAGCUCCAGCGCGACGUCGACGAGAAGAUCUACCUCGGCGGCAACAAGGAGCGCGAGAAACGUGCGCGGCUCCUGGCCGACCAAAAGCGCCGGGUCGACAACGUCAACGCGCUUCUCGACGUGCAUUGGAAGCGCUUUGAGUUCUUCCGCGUCACCAAGAUGAAGCGGGUCAUGAGCGAAAUGGCGCGGGCGCAGCUCUACUACCACUGCAAGGGCGUCGAGUGCUUUACACUUCCGUGCCGGGCGACGCCGCUCAUCGACCCGAAAGACGCAGCCGCCGAGGUCUCGCUAGAGGCCAGUGUCAAACCAUGAGUGCUUUCAAAGCUUGUACAUGGCGUCGAUCCCAGUGCCCUAGCCCUAAGGCGCUGUAGAGAGAGGUGCUUGCAUAUGGUCUCUCGCAUCGGAUACUACGAGUAAUGCAUAUGUCGGGCAGCUUUUGAUCGCUGGAUCGCUUAUUCUCUCUGUAC